GUUCCCUAUCAUUGAUUUGUGUCAAGUCAGCUUCUUUCCACAGGAAAAUCUGAACAGAGAAUUUAAUGUCUUUACAUGCUUAAUUUUCAAUUUGAUCGUUGGAAAUUUUCGUAGUAAAGAAUAUCAUAAUUUUUUAGUUAAGAAUUUAAUGUGGCGUCUUAUGAUUUCUAGAUUUUUGUGGACAUAUAUAUUUUAAGGUGGAGGACGAAAGUACGAUCAGUUUUUGGGCACAUAAGUGGUGCAAGGAGAUCGAGUUGAAAGAAGCCUUUCCUAAUUUAUACCGCAUUUCUUGUCAAAGAGAGAUGACAGUCAAACAAAUUUGUAGAUCUCAUGAAGGUGUUAUUCACUGGGAUCUAAGAUUGCAUGAUCGGGAGAUGGGAGAGUUUCACAAUUUGAUAAGAGUUAUUUUAUGGGAUAGACACACCAAACAAUCUAACAAAUGUUUGGAGAUGGCGAGAGAGCGGAGAUGGUCUAUUCUCUUUUAGCUCUUAUUAUAAGAGGUUGCUAGUGAGAGAGGAAUGUUCUUUGCCCCAUGGAUUCACUUGGAUCCCUAGAGCACCAAGAAGGGUUUGUUUCUUUGUAUGGUUGGCGGCAAGGGGUGUGAUUUUAACAACUGAGAACCUGAGAAAGAAGAGAAUCACCUAUGUUAGUUGGUGUUUCAUGUGUAAAAGUGCAGGUGAAAGUGUAGACCAUCUUCUUUUGCAUUGCAAGGUGGCUAGCCGGUUAUGGAGGGCGGUUCUCAAUUUGUUUGGGGUGUAUUGGGUCAUGCCAGGUACAGUAAGGGGGGCUCUGCAAAGUUGGACUCAUAGACGGGGGAAGAAAAGCCCGAGGGCUUGGAGCGUUGAUCCCUUAGCAAUCAUGUGGGUUAUUUGGAACGAGAGGAAUAGGAGGGCUUUUGAAGGGUUGGAGCUUGAUUACGUAAAAAUGCAGAGUAGUGUUUUGUCUCUAGUCUCUUUUUGGUGUACUCACGAGGUCCCAAUUUGUAUAAAGAAUUGUGUCUCUUUUGUUGAGAACCAUAUUUUGGUGAUUAUGGUAAAUGUCCAGUCACUGGAGAGCCACUGACAAUGGAUGACAUUGUUCCAGUUAAAACUGGCAAGAUGGACUUUCACAGCUUCCUUUAAUUGGAACCUUUUGCAGAUAGUGAAGCCCCGACCUGUGCAGGCUGCCAGUAUUCCUGGGAUGUUGGGAAUGUUUCAGAUAGAGUGGGAUGGUCUGAUGCUAUCCAAUUUUGCUUUGGAACAGCAAUUACAUACGGCAAGGCAAGAGCUGAGUCAUGCUCUAUAUCAGCAUGAUGCUGCAUGCCGUGUAAUUGCUAGGCUGAAAAAGGAAAGGGAUGAGGCAAGAGCAUUGCUUGCACAGGCUGAAAGACAAGUACCCAUGGCAGCAACUACAAUAGAACCUAAUGGUGCUGCUCUAAGCAAUGGGAAAAGAGCUGCGGAAGAAGAGGAGAUGGUUCCUAGCGGUAAGAAAAUUCGCCCAGGAAUAGCUGGUGAUGUUAUUAAAGAGCUUCAGGAUUGUAAUGCUGCUCUUUCACAACAAAGGAAAAGGCGACAGAUACCUGCAACUUUGGCUCCUGUGGAUGAUAUUCAGAGAUAUACCCAACUGAAUAGUUAUCCUCUUCACAAAACCAACAAACCAGGCAUUUUGUCUCUGGAUAUCCAUUAUCCUAAGGACAUCAUUGCUACUGGUGGAGUUGAUUCAAAUGCUGUGGUCUUUGAUCGGCCUUCAGGACAGAUUGUAUCAACACUAAGUGGUCACUCAAAGAGGGUUACCAAUGUCAGAUUUGCUGCUGAGGGUGAACUACUAGUUACUGGCUCUUCAGAUAAGACAGUUCGUGUGUGGCAAAGCUCUGAAAAUGGAAAUUAUGACAGUAGGCUUACUUUGAAGGAUCACAGUGCAGAGGUGCAGGCUGUCACCGUCCAUGCAACCAAUAAGUACUUUGUGUCUGCUUCUCUUGAUGGCACAUGGUGUUUUUAUGAUCUUGCUUCUGGCUUGUGCCUUGCUCAGGUAGCAGAUGCUUCAGAAUCUGAGGGCUACACAUCUGCAGCUUUUCAUCCUGAUGGUUUGAUCCUUGGAGCAGGGACUUCAGGGGCUCAGGUCAAGAUAUGGGAUGUAAAAACUCAGGCAAAUGUUGCAAGAUUUGAUGGGCAUGUUGGAGCAGUAACUGCAAUUUCCUUCUCAGAAAAUGGUUAUUUCUUAGCAACUGCAGCUCAAGACGGUGUUAAACUUUGGGAUUUACGGAAAUUAAGAAACUUCAGAACCUUUUCUCCUUAUGAUGAAGAUACAUCUACUCAAUCAGUGGAAUUUGACCACAGUGGAAGUUAUCUUGCAUUAGGAGGCUCAGAUAUAAGAGUUUAUCAAGUUGCAAGUGUAAAGUCCGAUUGGCAUUCCGUCAAAAUCCUACCUGACUUGUCAGGCACAGGUAAAGCAACAUGUCUGAAGUUCGGUCCAGAUGCAAAGUACAUAGCUGUUGGAUCGAUGGAUCGAAAUUUAAGAAUAUUCGGGCUGCCUGGAGAGGAUCAGUCAGAGAGUUAGGCUCACUUGCGGGUGUUAAAGCAAAAUACUAGUCGCACAAACCCUGCUGCAGGGUCGGCGCAUUAUAUUGGGAGGCUGAAGAGAGAGGUUGAUAGAGAUUUGUUGUUCUUUCAAGUGUAACUUCAGUAGUUUUCUGUUCAAUAUAGUUCCUUUCUAUUACGGAAAAAUAUGUACACCAACAUGGGAUAAUGUGGAAGUAAUGUAUAGUACAAUUCUUGGUUA